CUUUUCAUCAUGGUUAUUAUCAUCCCCUUCACCAUAUUCGCUCUGCUUCGCUGGACCGUUCCCCGAAUGUAUCAUGUAAGUUAUAUCCCGUUCUUCCCGCCCCAUAUUAUUUAGAGCAUGCUCCAUCAUGGAACAGAGAAUUUUUCGCAAUUUUGGGGACAGGAGGUCCCUUUUCCCCCCAUAUGAAUGGUCGCUCAAAGCUAGUCUGUGGAUAGUUUUCGUUCCACAUGCAUGGCUGACAACCCGCAGGGAAAUGGGCACCGAAUUUCGUCUGCCAAGCCAUUCACCGCAGAUUCAACAUUUACACGUAAGGUGGCAGUCGCCACUCUUGUUAAAGGCGCUCUAAUUUCAUUGACCCAUGCGGAACCAAUCAAGUCAUUCAAGACACUAAUUAAGAAGGGAGCUGAAAUGAUCAAGGAGCGGGAAAUGCGUCUAAUGACUUUGGAAGCCAUACAUAAAGUCUGGAACGAGGAGGAAAGAAAAGCUUUAGAGCAGCUACGGAAGUUGGGACUCCCCGUGAACACCAAACCUGGGAGGGGGAAAAGGAUUGAUGGCUGGAGGCGGGAAGCUACAAGUACCUGGAAGCGUAUCACUGCCGAUUGCAGGAGCCUGAAAAAGCAGAUCAAAGUUCUGCAGGGCGAAAUUUUAGAAAUUCGAGAUAUUGUUCGAUCGCAAACUAAUGGAAAGACGACUGGAUACAAAGGAAUUUCUGAUUGGGCAAAGGACGCUCUCGAUGACUAUAGUGAGAAUAUUAGAAUAUUGUCCGCAUUGUCUAUCUUGGGUGCCGGUAUAAGCUAUACCUCCAUUGUCAGUGCCCUUCGAGGAAAUAUAUCUUACAUGUGUAUCUCCUUUGUACUUUUCUUGGGUUGUCUCAUGGUCGCCACCACCCUUCAAGUUGUGCUUGUUUGGUGUAGUCGCCAGGGGAACUACCCGUUUCCAAAUCCAACCUUCUGGUACACUAUCGUGACUAUCGUUGUUGUUUUAGCUAGACUGUCUAUGGCUAUAGCUAUGGCCUUCCUACUGACCUCCGUUCAGGUUUUGGGCCGUAACCCUGACGCCCCACCAACGUUCACUUCUUCACCAAGAGUCUGCAUGAUUGCUACCUACGUGGUCUUGGGAGGUGCUUUUACUGCAUUUAGCUGUUUUACUUCAGUAUUUAAACACAAAGUUCUCACUUGGGGACGGUCAAAUGAGCAUUUUUCUGUGAAGGUGAAAAUGCUGGAGGAUCUUGACUGAUUGACCUGAUUUCAAGAUAUGCACUUGUUCCAGCACACCUAAUUGUUGCUGUGUGCUUUGUAUCAUAAUUCUCAUAUAUAUUAUUCUCGU